UCUGCCAAUACAUUGAGUCGACAAGGCAUGCUCUAAUGGGCGGGCACAUGGGACGUAACACACGACUCUUGCUGCCAUUGGCCAAGAAGAUGGGUUGCAGCUACAUCGGCAUACUGUCGGGAUCAGUUGAUUCUGAAAUGCAUGUCCAGGAUAUGCCACGGGCCUUGACGCAAUUGGCAAACCCAGCUGUAGAUAAGCGAGAUGACUUGUCUAGUAGUACUCAAGCGUUCGAGUUCUUCUUGAGGGAGCUUGAAAAGCCAGAGGCUCGUCGAUCGACGCAGUUGACGGCACAGCUUCCGGCUCGUCUUGAACAUUUGAGGCGGGGUUUCAAGCUCUUGGAUGAAAGCAACGAGAGUCCACUAGAAAUGACGCGAAACCAGGUGUAAAUGCUGGGUUACAUGCGGCCCACACAUAGAAAGAGACUGAAUGCCUCUAGUUAUACGCAGUACUCCAGAGUCAGGACAACGAAACAAAACUGCGGCACGGAGCGGAUAUGAGAGUGAUGUCUGCAGUCACUCUCGUCUUCCUCCCCGGCACCUUCUUCGCUACAAUGUCCCGAACAAGCUUCUGGACCUUCGAUCUCAGCACCACUGGUCCCGUUGUCUCGAGGUGGGUCUGCCUGUACUGGUUCCUGACAACUGUCCUAACGGUCUUCGUCCUCGCCAUCUGGCGGAAUUUCUUGUUGGUCAAGCAAUCGAGAAAGAAAAUGAGCAAGACGUGGGAGCAUGCCUCGGCCGCCUGGACUGCAAAACCCCUCGUCGGGAGGCUCCAGCAACAGCACCACAAACUCAGCGAACAUUCCAAGCCAGCAUCCGGUCAGACAAACGGAAAGAGCAAGGCAGCACCACCAAAGCCCCAAAAGACCUCGAACUGGAGAACGAUCAAGCGAAAGACGUGGUUCCGCAGACAACGCGCAAAAGACGGAUGCGCAGUAGGAGUCACGAAGGUGGAGGGUUUGCUCACUGGGAUGGUUUGAUUCGUGGUAUUUGCAAGUCUUCAAUUCAACUGGUC